AUGGCUGAUUCAACUCUAACCGACUUAUUCGACGAGUCUGUCCAAGUUAGUGUGGAUGACAUAACCUGUGAUCUUCACCCAGGCAAAGUUGACCCCCCAAAUGAGCCUUGCAAUAUUAUUUUGGGGAAACUUUUUUGCCACACCAGACUUGGGAAAAAGGCGAUACAGGGUUCUCUGAAAAAUGCUUGGGCAUCCAUUUCUGGAUGGAGCUGGAAAGAACGUGAAGACGGGCUGCUACAAUUUACAUUCAGAACUAGUUUCGAUGCUGAGAAUGUCCUUUUAAGGAGACCCUGGCUUGUGUGUGGAUAUUUACUAGUUCUCAUGCCCUGGCCUUCAUGGCUCACUCCAGAGGAGGUUAAGUUCGACCAUUCGCCAAUAUGGGUCUGGCUUAAAAGCAUCCCUCCAUAUUAUUGGAACAAAACAAACUUGCAGGAGAUGGCAGGAAAAGUUUCGGCAGUGUAUGAACUCCCCUGUCAUAUUGAGAAGAACUUUGAAAGGGGAUCGUUUGGCAUGGGUACUCUCCGGUUUCGAGCCACGGUGGAGCUAUCAAAGCCACUUUUCUCAGGUUUCUUCCUUAGGAGAACAGGGAUUAAGGAUCUUUGGCUUCAAUAUCAAUACGAGAAACUCCCUAGAAUUUGCUAUAAGUGUGGCCUAAUGACACAUGAACAGAAAUUCUGUUUCAAGACUCCAGCUGUGAUUAAAGAUGCCAAAGGUGAGUUUUUCUCAAUGUACGAGAAUUGGAUGGCCGAGGAUGCCAUGGAAAGGUCUCCCUUCCACCUACCUCUACCUAAUUGGUUCAGUGAGUGGAUUGUGAACCAAAAGGCGGCCAAGGAUGAGAAAAGUGAGGCAAUUACUAAAGAACCAGAGAAUUAG